AUUUCAUUGAGAUGAAUGGCAAUUUGGAGCCGUCAAUUUCCUUUAUUUAUCCUGUCCUCGACGAUUCUCAACCUCUCAUUUUGCUCUCGCUCGACAUUUCUGUUUCCAAACGUCUUCCGGCAGGGAUCCAUUGUCAUAAAAAACAAAAAAAUGGGCUUGACUUUCACAAAGCUUUUCAGCCGGCUUUUUGCCAAGAAAGAGAUGCGCAUCCUCAUGGUUGGUCUGGAUGCCGCUGGUAAGACCACCAUUUUGUACAAGCUCAAGCUUGGGGAGAUUGUGACUACAAUUCCUACCAUUGGUUUUAAUGUUGAAACCGUUGAAUACAAAAAUAUCAGCUUCACUGUUUGGGAUGUUGGUGGCCAAGAUAAGAUUCGUCCAUUGUGGAGGCACUACUUCCAGAACACACAGGGACUCAUUUUUGUGGUUGAUAGCAAUGACAGAGACCGAAUUGUUGAGGCGAGGGAUGAACUGCAUCGCAUGUUGAAUGAGGAUGAGCUACGGGAUGCAGUGCUGCUUGUAUUUGCUAACAAGCAAGAUCUUCCCAAUGCAAUGAAUGCAGCUGAAAUAACUGACAAGCUAGGUCUUCAUUCUCUCCGACAGCGUCAUUGGUACAUACAGAGCACCUGUGCCACCUCCGGGGAGGGACUGUAUGAGGGGCUGGAUUGGCUCUCCAACAACAUUGCUAACAAGGCUUGAGGUAAUGGAGUGUGUUCUUGCGGGCCGGGGCUGAUCCUGAUCCUGGAUGCAGGGUGGUCUUUAUCUAGUAGUCUCUUUUUGUUCCCUUAUUCUGUCAUAUGGCUUGUGGUUAUGAAUUCAAAUUUGUUUCUUUUAUCCUCCUCUCCCCCCCCCCCCCCCCCCCCCCCCCCCCCCCCCCCCCCUUUUUUUUCCCUUUUUGGGUCAAAUUGCGUUUACUUUUCGUUUAGGAUGUGCAAUGGCUAUGGUAAUUGAAUGGUGGGAUAUAUGUAAUUUGGAAAUGGCGUUUAGAUUCUAAUAUAAUGCUUUUAUAAAUUUUGGGACUAAUAA